AUGACGGUCAUCGAGCCCGAUCCGGUUCUUGAGGAGAAUCCCAUAGCCAACAACGGGAAUGUGGAGGGCUCGGUGGAAGAAGAGGAACGCCUUCUUGAUGGAGGAUUUGUAGUCGUCGGCAGCAACGCCUUUGGUCACUCCUUCAGAUUUUACGUGACUGCGGUUGAUGCCUGCGGCAACGCGAAGAAGAAGAAGAAGAAGGAAGAGUAUGGAAAGCUGCAGAAGGCGGAGAUGAGCAUAUGGGACUGCAUCGAGCUUCUGAAUGAGAUAGUCGACGAGAGCGAUCCGGACCUCGAUGAGCCCCAAAUCGAACACCUUCUCCAAUCCGCCGAAGCCGUUCGCCGAGACUACCCGGAUCAAGAUUGGCUUCACCUCACUGCCCUCAUCCAUGAUCUUGGAACAGUACUGAUGAACCCCACGUUCGGUGGAGAGCCUCAGUGGUGUGUUGUGAUGCGUUCCCAGUCACUGGGCUGUGCAUUGGACGAAUCCAUAGUUCACCACAACUAUUUUAAGGAGAACCCGGACUACGACAACCCACUGUUCCAAACGAGAUUGGGGGUGUACACCGAGAACUGUGGGCUCGACAAGGUCACCAUGUCUUGGGGUCACGACGAGUACAUGUACCUGGUGAUGAAGGGGAAUGAGACGAAGCUGCCUCCUGCUUCCUUCUUCAUCGUGCGGUUCCACUCCUUGUAUGCGUUGCACCGAUCCGGUGCCUACACGUAUCUCAUGAACCAGCACGACAAAGAGAUGCUCGAGUGGCUCCUCGUCUUCAACAAGUCCGAUCUCUACAGCAAGAGCAAAGUGAAGAUAAAUCUGGAGGAAGUGAAACCCUACUACCUCUCUCUCAGUGACAAGUACUUUCCGGCAAAGCUGAGAUGGUGAAUUGCAGCAUCACCAUGAAUAAAGCUACUUCUGGUUUUACCACAGUAGCCUCUAAGUGUUGCAGCCGUGUUAAGGUGUUCUAGUGAUCAUCCAUGCAUGUACUGCUUGGUGUCUGCUAUAUAAUAACAUCGACUUGCUUAAGAUGGAGUAGUGAGGUGAAUGAUUCAAAUGGAUAAUAUCUUGGUGGUCCCUUUACUUGGUUGUUCUUCGUAUUUCAUCUUGCCACUCGAUCCUAACUAUGAUGUCAUUUUGUCUGAGAUUGGAU